GGGGACUUUCCUGGGUAUAUACCGUAUUAACACAGCUUAAUCAUGGCGGAGCCGGAGAUCGACCUAGCGAAACUGUUGCAUCAUCCCCAGCUAGGAUAACAACCACAGGAUCAUCACCAUUAUUCUACACAGCAGGCUCAACUAAUUCUACUACUGUGACGUGGUAACGUCUGACACUGACAAGUCAUCUUGAAACAACAUGUAUGCAGCUAGUGACUCCAGAAAUGAAGAUACUCCAAAUAAUCCUAGCCUCAUGGAACUGCAGAGAGAGCCUGUAAUACACUUCAGUAUCACAAUUUUUCAGGAAAAUUUUUCGAACCAGGCCAUUUCCAGAAAUAACCAGACAAGUACUCGAGACUAUAAUGUAAUUAAUGAGCAAGACACAAGCCAGCAGCUGUUGACAUCUGCGAUACUUGCAUUGAAACCAAAAGAGUUCAAACCAAAACGAUGUGAAGUCUCCUUGGAACAGACAGAAAAAGAUAGCGUGAAUGAAAAAAUUAGACCUACUGGCCACUACAUUGUAAGUCGUUUUUGCUUCAAAGUGGUUGUCACACUUUCUACUACCAUUAAACACGAUAAUAAAGAGUGUGAAACCAGGUACAAACAGAUGUCACCUUUUCCAGACGAUUGGCCACCACCAUUGAAAGAGAAGUUUACAAAACUAGCGAGAAAGAAACAGAUUCGCUUAAUUCAAGCUAAACACCAACCAUCAAUCCAGUAUGAUUACGCUACUGGUAAUGUGGACAAUAUUGUUGAGAGAAAGAAAGCGAUUACGCUAGAACAGAUCUUCGAGCCUUUAAGUGGCGAUUCUGAAAUAGCUGCACCAAACAGGUACAUUUUUGUAAUGGACGGAGCCCCAGGAGUAGGCAAAACCACACUCAGCAGGAAGAUAUGCAUUGAUUGGGCACAAGGGAAGCUCAUCAAGGACCACCACGUUGUUAUCUUCAAACCACUAAGAGAACUAAGAGGUGACACAGCUGCCUCACAAGAACCCCUAAAACAACUUGAACUUAUCAAUGAAUCGUAUACCGAAGUUGACGCAAUUCGUUUAGCUGGUUCAACUAAAGUAUCAGUAGCUGGAGCAAAAAUUCAUUCUAUUUCAGAAGCAAAGGCCGUCAAUGAAUCAUCAAACUCUGAGCAAGUCCUUAAUGAAGCCAUGAAGGCUGGAUUUGUCCAUGUGAACACUACUAAUAUCUUAUUCUUUGGAAUGGCCGGUACUGGUAAAACCUCCACUAAGCAUCUCCUUCUGGGAGUGCCUCCUUAUCAAGAUCGAAAUAGCACUCCAUUAGCUAGCACAGCAGAGAGGAUACGUAUUAAUAGAAAAAUUCGUGACACUACAACGCUGAAAAUGGUAGCUCAAGAAGAUCCCUCAAGAACAUGGAAACCAGUGACUAGUGAUGACCUACAACGCAUUGUUGCUGAUGCUAUUAAAUAUUAUGUAUCCAGCUCAGAUCCUAACUCUGAAUUAUCUGCUAUCCCACAAGAACUCAGCAUUGCUCUAAAGCAACUUGAAGCUAUCAAUGAAUCCGAUAUGGAAGUUGACACAAUUCGUUCAGCUGGAGCUGGAGCAAAAAUGACACAAGAAAGAGAAAGGAGUAAAUCUCUCAACACUGUUUCGAAUGUAAUGGCGAAUAUUAAGCGGUUUUCUGAUUAUGAUCAUACUGCUGUUCAAGAAAAGUUUGGAUCUCAUUGGAUCUACAUGAUCGAUAGUGGUGGCCAACCACAUUUUCAUAAUCUACUGCCACUCUUCAUGCCGAAGAUUUCUGUAGCUCUGUACAUUCUUCGUCUCUCUGACUGCCUAGACGACCAUCCACUGGUUGAAUACUACAAAGACAGUAAGCCAGUUGGUGAAUGUUUCAAGUCACAUCUCUCAGUUCUCGAUAACUUCAAAUAUCUCGUGCAGUCAAUUCAAUCUCACAGUGAAAACUGCAAGCUGAUAUGCAUUGGUACUCACAAAGACCAUCAAUCUGAAUGCAAGGAAACAUUAUCUGAGAAGAAUAAAACUUUGUUAAACUUUGUGGAGAAGAAUUUCACUGCGUUUUUUAAUUUGGGGAAAAAAGAUGUCAUAUUUCCUAUGGAUUGCAAGCACUGCGAUCCUGACAGUAACGAUGUGGCACAAACAAUCCGUGCAUAUAUUCAUAAACUCUCUCAAAAUCUGAAUAUAAAUAAUGAAGUCCUGGUCCCUUUUUGGUGGUUUGUUUUGGAAAUUGUAGUCGAGAAAGUUUCUAACGAUGAAAACAGACAAGUUUUAAGCAAGACCGAAUGUGUAGAAAUUGCAAAAGCAUUACAUAAUUUUCACGAAGAUGCACUUUGUGAAGCCUUAAAAUUCUUCCAUGAGCAUCACAUCUUUCACUACUAUCCUGCUAUUCUUCCAAAUGUGGUAUUCUGUGAUACUCAAGUGCUACUUGAUAAGGUAACGGAAGUUGUCGAGUUUGCUGCAUACUCGCGAGGAAGUACCACUUCAAUACAUGGGUUAGGAAACUGGUUAAACUUUACUGAUAAAGGAAUUAUUACCAUUGAACUUUUAUCUGAUAAGAAUUUUGAAAAACAUUAUGUCGAUGGACUUUUUGCACCCACUCAUCUCAUUGAAAUAUUCAAGCACUUGCUGAUAGCCACCCCAUUUGGUAUAUUCUCGCGAAGGCAAGAUAAGCGUUUCUAUAUGCCAUCACUUCUAUCCUUGCUCCCACCAACUCAAGUCAAUGACAAACGAGCUGAAUUGCUUAAGACAGGUUUGAUCCCACUCGUUUUACACUUCAAAAAUAACUGGCAGUGCUGUGGAGUGUUUUGUUGUCUCCAAGUGUACCUGAUUAAAGAAUGUGAAUGGGAAAUUGAAAUGGAGGAUCACCAGUUGAGUAGAAACUUUGUACAAUUCGUUCAUCGAGAGGAAGAUUGUUUUAUCACGCUAAUUGACGGAUUUUCAUUCCUCGAAAUUCAUUCCAGUAACAAUCAAAAAGAAAUGUUGUCUUUGAUAUAUGAAAACGUUCACUCUGGUCUUCGAUCUGCUUACCGAGCCCUAAAAUACACAUAUGAGGAUCCUAAAGUAUCAUUUUUGUGUCCCCAUGAUUUUCUCGAAUUUCAACCACUUUCAACUGAAACAAGUCCCCAAGUGCCCCACCACCCAGCUUGUGUUAUGUCUGAGGACAAUGUUAUGAGGUGUACUCUAUGCAAGGAGAUGACGUAUAGGCUAGAAGAUGGUCAUAAAGAUUGGGUCUCUGCUUGUGAACUCAAAGAUCCUCUAGCCUCAGGACAGCACACGAGAUUAUUGCCAGCAGAUAAAGAAGGUGAAACUGUGUCAAAGCGUCAGAAGAACAAUGUCACUGUACAAGGUUAAAUCUGCGCAUGCGCGACAUGCGGUUGCUUUGUCAACCAGAAGGAUGCGUAGCAACAAAAUUGAGUUUCUCCCAGUUGAAGACGAGUUCAUGAGAACGAAAACGGCUAAAAGACAAAGAAAUAAAGACUCUAGAACACCAGGAGAGCUUGCAGAAGGCUACUAAAGAUUUUGUAAAAACGUUGACAACCAGCAACCCGUUUUGAAAAUGGAUAGUUCUGAAGGAUAAACAGCGUGUGCUUGCUUUCUAUCAUGCUCCAGUGUAUCAGAAGAGGAAACGUGGACUGCUAUAGCAAAAGAAAGUGUGACAACCGUUUUGAAGCAAAAACUACUUACAAGAGCCUGAACAGGCUUAAAAUGGUGGUGCAGUACACUUCUACAUGUGCAAUAUUCCGCUCAAAGCACUCAUUCCCAACACUGAUGCCUGUUAGAUGCAUUAAAUAUGACUGGAACAAAGAAGUUAUACAGAGCAUCAGAGAGCAUCAGAAAACAUGAAAAGAGACGGAUAAACAUUGCAUUGCAUGAUCAUAAGUGUGUAAAUUUAUUGUUUUUCUUGUUCUCUCACUGCUGAAAAACGUUUCAUUCCAAAUAAGAAUCACUUCCUAGUGUGCAAUAACAAGUGUGCAAUAAUACUUCCGGGUGUGCGAUAUGGAAAAAUAUCUGCAAACUUGGUGAUAAGUCGCUUCCUGCGCAAUUUGAAUGUAAAACGCUGAUGUCAGCACUUAUUAAAAAGCAAUAAACGAUGAUAUCUAAAGCUCCCCCCUAUCCGGGGGGAUAUUAGUGCAUGGGCAAGCAGUCGAUACCAGGCCCACUUCCCUGAUGAAGUGGGGCCUGGGAUCGAGGCUAUAAGAUUAAAGAGGAGGGGAAUUGGAAAUGGAAGUUACCUCGAUUUAUGUCCGCGUUACGCCGGGGUUUAAUCGAGGCUACGUAUCUAACACAAUCUAGAACCUUGUUAAUUAUCUGCAAUACAUUCUACUACAUUUGUACUACUACACUU